CGCAAGCCAGCCAGGCAGCCAGGCGCGGGGCAGGAGUCGCCGCAGCCGCCGCCCCCGAGCCCCCGCGGCCCAGCCGAGGUUCUCCGCUGCUCCCGCUGGGCUCUUCGACCCUUUUUACCCUCUGUUCCCGCCGCGCUCCCCGUCCCCGCCGCCGCUCCCGAGGGCAGUGGCGGCGGGUGCUGCCAAUGCAGGGGGCGGCGCGGGGCGCGGCGGCCCGAGGAGAAGCCGCUGCUGCAGGCAGGGUGGAGGUCUCAAACUGAAUUCCCACGGACUUUGUGGAAGUAGACAGCUGGAUAGAGAAGAGGUUAUACCAUGGCUCCAGCUGAGAGAAGCAGUAAGGUAUGCUUGGCAGUGACAAUGGACUAUUUAUUUGCAUCAGAUACUCUUAUAUGAAAAGAUUACAUUUCCAAAGAGCUUGAAAUAAUAAUUCAUCUUCUGAAACAGAAUGGCAGGCUUCAAACGAGGAUAUGAUGGAAAAAUUGCAGGAUUGUAUGACUUGGAUAAAACUUUGGGCAGAGGCCAUUUUGCUGUGGUCAAACUUGCUCGGCAUGUCUUUACAGGUGAAAAAGUAGCAGUAAAAGUAAUUGACAAGACCAAACUGGACACUCUAGCCACUGGACAUCUUUUUCAAGAAGUUAGAUGCAUGAAACUAGUGCAGCAUCCCAAUAUAGUACGGCUGUAUGAAGUGAUUGACACCCAGACUAAGCUUUAUCUUAUCUUAGAGCUAGGUGAUGGAGGAGACAUGUUUGAUUACAUCAUGAAACAUGAAGAAGGUCUGAAUGAGGAUCUGGCAAAAAAAUAUUUUGCUCAGAUAGUUCAUGCAAUAUCCUACUGCCAUAAACUGCACGUAGUUCAUAGAGACUUAAAACCAGAGAAUGUUGUCUUCUUUGAAAAACAAGGACUUGUGAAAUUGACUGAUUUUGGCUUCAGCAACAAAUUUCAGCCUGGAAAGAAGCUCACUACAAGCUGUGGAUCUCUUGCAUAUUCUGCUCCUGAAAUUUUACUUGGGGAUGAAUAUGAUGCACCAGCAGUGGAUAUAUGGAGUUUAGGGGUCAUCCUCUUCAUGUUGGUUUGUGGACAACCACCAUUUCAAGAAGCAAAUGACAGUGAAACUCUGACUAUGAUAAUGGACUGCAAAUACACAGUGCCACCUCAUGUGUCCAAAGAAUGUAAAGAUCUAAUUACACGGAUGUUGCAGAGAGACCCGAAGCGAAGGGCAUCUUUGGAGGAGAUUGAAAACCAUGCGUGGCUCCAAGGAGUUGACCCAUCUCCUGCAACAAAGUACAAUAUUCCUCUUGUGUCAUAUAAAAAUCUGUCUGAGGAGGAACACAACAGUAUAAUACAACGCAUGGUUCUUGGUGAUAUUGCAGACCGAGAUACAAUAGUGGAGGCAUUGGAAACUAACAAAUACAAUCACAUCACUGCUACUUACUUCUUACUAGCUGAAAGGAUUCUGCGAGAAAAACAAGAGAAAGAAAUUCAGACCAGAUCUGCAAGCCCUAGCAACAUCAAAGCUCAGUUCAGGCAAUCGUGGCCAACAAAAAUCGAUGUACCCCAAGAUCUGGAGGACGACCUUACAGCUUCUCCUCUCUCCCAUGCAACUGUUCCUCAGUCACCAGCUCGCACAGCUGAGAAUGUUCUCAACGGCCACAGAAGCAAGGCCCUUGGCGAUUCAGCAAAGAAGGAAGACAUCCCUGAAUUAGCUGGACCGGCACUUUCAGCAGUCCCAUCAGUGAGCUUAAAACCCACUACAAGUGGCCGGAAGUGCUUGUUCAGAGUAGAAGAAGAUGAAGAGGAGGAUGAAGAAGAUAAGAAGCCUAUUUCUCUUUCUACUCAAGUUGUUCUGCGCCGUAAGCCUUCAGUUACAAAUCGUCUUACUUCGAGAAAGAGCGCCCCAGUCCUCAAUCAAAUCUUUGAGGAGGGCGAGUCAGAUGACGAGUUUGACAUGGAUGAGAACUUACCCCCAAAGCUCAGCAGGUUAAAGAUGAAUAUUGCUUCACCUAGCACAGUGCAUAAACGCUAUCACAGGAGGAAAAGCCAGGGACGGGGCUCUAGUUGCAGUAGCUCAGAAACAAGCGAUGACGACUCGGAAAGUAGGAGACGCCUAGACAAAGAUAGUGGGUUUACUUACUCCUGGCAUAGACGGGAUAGCAGCGAAGGGCCACCGGGCAGCCAAGGAGAUGGUGGUGGACAAAGCAAACCAAGUAACGGAAACGGAGGCGUAGACAAAACGAGCCCAAGUGAUAACAACAAAGGUGGGGGGAGUCCCUCCGGUAGCUCCAGCGGUAGCACCAACAACACUUCAGGUUCCACUCGGAGAUGCGCUGGAUCCGGAAACACAAUGCAGCUAUCGUCUAGAAGUGCAGGGGAACUGGUUGAAAGCCUGAAGUUAAUGAGCCUUUGCCUAGGUUCACAGAUUCACGGCAGCACUAAAUACAUUAUUGAUCCUCAAAACAAUCUGUCCUUUUCCAGUGUAAAAGUACAGGAGAAAUCAACAUGGAAAAUGUGUAUAAGUUCCAGCGGAGGUGCAAACCAAGCUUCAUCACUGGGCAGCCUAAAAUUUUUUUCUGACCAAAUGUCAGACACAGCAAACGAAUUGGAACGGAUAAAGAACAGGAACUUGAAAAACAAUGUGCUACAACUACCUCUCUGUGAAAAGACGAUAUCUGUGAAUAUUCAGCGGAACCCAAAGGAGGGGCUGCUGUGUACCUCCAGUCAAACCAGUUGUUGUCAUGUCAUUUGACAAUGACCUGACUUUAAUAGCUCGAUCUACUUGACAGCAUCAUUCUUCCUGUUCAGAGCUGUGAACACCUUGUCACGGACCCCCUUUUGUUGUCUUAAGAUUUUUCAGUGGGCUUUGAGCAGUUAUUUAUUACACUUUAAUUUUGUGUUUGCUUGAUGGUAUGACAAUGCAUGGUCUUUGCAUGCUGCUAGCCGAUACGUUUUUCUUUUUCAACAAAACAGAAUAUUUUAUUGUGUAAUUUUUACAUUUAUAAUUUUACUAUGGAAGAUCUGGAUUAAAUUAAAAUAAAUAUCUGGAUCCUAAUGUAAAUGGAGCACUUAGAAGUUUCAUGUUCUGCACUUAAACUAGAGAGAGAAGCUUUUGUUUGCUUGUGAAAUGUUAAUUCUUGUUCUGACCUUCUGUGAUAACUAAAAUAUGUGAUAUGUGGCAUACUUCUAUGUGUCUGAAACGGAACCAAAGCAAUAAUGUUUUGAUGCUGAAAACUCUUCAGGGAGCUUUCAGAUGUUCCAAGGCUUGUACAAAGCAAAGAUGCACUGAAAAUUAGUGAUCUUGGAAUAUGAUUUUAAACCCACACCCAUUUGUCUUAAGCUAUGAUAUGGAUAAAGUUGUGGCUCAGAAAUCAAACUGAAAAGAUCUUGUUUUGCUAGAGGCAGUUUUCUUUUUAAAAAAAAAAAAAGCAAGUAGAUUUGUAAGGCAGCUUUUUCCCAUAGAAAUAUGUUAAUAUUACAAGCAGACAAUCUUCUUUUUUAAUAUAACAAAGGUAAAUUAUUAAGUCUACUUCUGAGUUUUUACAUGCUAACUGAAAAUAAAGUAUUUGUAUGAAUUACUUUUGUUAUCAGUAUAUCAUGACACUUAAUAUUUUAGGUUUUUACCUUGUAAACCUUCUCCCCUAUCCUCUCCUCCCCUCCCUGAGAUUUCAAAAGGCAAUAAGGGAUGGAAAACCUUUAGGUAAUUGGAUUCAAAUUGAAAUCGUUAUUGUCAUUUACAUUUUUCUCAUUAUUACUCUUUUUAAGACUUAAAAUACUGCUGUUGCCCACAUGUACACCACUUAUUUUCCCUCAGUAAUAAUGCUUUUUCAUAAAGUUGAUUUAAAAUAGCAUAUAGGAAAGUAUUUAUUUUGCAGCUCUUAGCCUUUCUGUCAGGUUUCCCAUUGCCAUGGCAAGGUCUUGAUUUAGAGUAUUUCUGUACAAAAGGAUACUUUUGACCAGAUGAAUUAACUUUGUGGAAUUUUAUUAUCUAGAAUAAAAUAUAUUGCAGAUUCCUAGUUUUGGGAAGGGCAAGAAUGUUUUAUUUUUUCAUGCUGUGCACUGGGUCUUCUAAGCAAUGCUAGUGAAACUGGUGGUAUUAUGUAGCAGCGCCCUGGGCAGCCGUUGGAUGUCUGAGAGGAGUUUACACUGUUGAGCAUCUCCUAACACUUGCAGAAUGGUCAAAUACAACGCAUUUCACGUCCACCGCAGAGUGAGCAGAGCACCAAAGAACAGCGUUACGCUUGGUCAUAAUUUCUACAGCUCAUGACAGCUCUUCUUGAUGAGUAAAAGACUUUACUAAGAGAGCCUAAAUUGCAUGGGGUAUUCUUACUGGCUAGCCUAGCCAGGGAUUUUGCAUUCUGCUUCCUAAACAAGGCAAAGGAUAAGUGUUUUACUUUAAGUUUUAAACUCUAGUUGCAGUUUAGUCAGCGUGGUAUUUAUACAUUGAAAGCUACAAGAAUAGAUGUGUGGGUGAAGCCAUAGAACAUAUUUGCUUGAAAUUUUUGAGCAGGGAUCUUACCAAGGGCCAGAAACGAGAUGUGUGGUUCACAGACGGUGAGCGUAACAUCCAGUAGGAGACAAGUUUAUAAAGGGCAUUGGCAAUAAACUUAUUUGUUGCAGCUUUUUUCCAAGUAUUGUAAAUACUCUUUCCUGAUACUAUGUACAGCCUUGGAAUGGCACCUUUUAACUAACCCCAGGUGUAUUUUGUUUCCAAUGUUUUUAUAUACAACUGUAUAUAUGGUGCUCACUUUAGAACAGCAGUGUUGACCAUUUAUGCUGCAUAGUUGUAUCAUAGCCUUAUAGUUGUGUGUGGUUGGGUGAACCUUUGGGUGUACAAAUGUUAGUCUGAGUGGUGUCCUUUAUCCAUUUGUUGAUAGGUGAAUGAUUGUGCAUGUGGUGUAUGUUGUAUUAUGUUGUCACGUAAAAGGAAGGGCGAGAAUAACCACUACAUUAAGAUAAUAUUGGACCAAACUAUUUAGAGCAAGUAAACAGUUUCUUGUACCCCUUAACGUGUCUUUAAAAGUUGCAUAUAGUUACAGUAGUGUAUAAAUUAAAUAUUGUGGAAAAACAAUUAGUCUUGUAUUUUUCUGUAUGUGUGUAUAUAAAUAUAUAUAAAAAAAUAAUGUACCUCUAGCAACUUAAUCUGUAUUUAAGAUGUGACAAUCUUGACACAGAAUUUUAAGAGUAGCAGUAUAAAUAAGCAGAAUUAAUGAACAGAAAUAUAAAAAUUUCUCACCAAGAAAGAAUCCGUGUGUGUGUUAAGAGGGUACAGAAAUAUCAGCUGAUCUUAUUGCUUCCAGCAAUGUUUGGCUUUUUCAUUGUAUAAACAUUCAUGGUGUGCGACAGAAAUGGAAAAUCCAGUUAAUAAAAGUGAUAUCUUGAUUGAUGCAUAACCUACGAUUUGCACGUCAGUGCGGUUUGU